AGAGACCUAAACUAUUCUGUAGUAGGCUAGUUCAAAGUUCAUGAUACCUUUUACCGUUGGUAAAAAAAUACACGUAUAGCCUAUUAUAGGGUGGUUCCCUUUGGUUCGGAUAAAUUGGACAAAAAAAGGGAUAUAAGCAAGGCACGAACAUAAAUGAAGAAAGGAAUGAUGGGGGAUUCUGAACUAAAGACGCUUGCAUGCAUGUCUUCAAAUAGUCCCAACACAGUCUUCAGACGGCGUUUAGGAUCUCUGACUACCAUCAAUAAAAUGCGCGAAAAUAUAGAAUUAUGCGACGUCACAAUUUCAGUACAAGAUGAAACGUUUCAUGUGCAUAGGCUGGUGAUGUCAGCAUGUAGCGAGUUUUUCCGGGUCAUGUUCAAUUCCACUAUGUCCGAGUCAACAUCAAAAACCAUUCGCCUUUCAAACUAUGUAACGUCAGCUGCCGUUGGUGUUAUUGUAGAUUUUGCGUACACAGGUGAAUUGGCAAUUGAACCGUCAAAUGUUCAAGAGGUUUUGACCGCUGCCCACUACUUGCAAAUUAAUGACGUAGUAGAAAGCUGUGUAUGCAUAAUUUCGAAUGAACUUUCUGAAUCCAAUUGUCUUGGUAUAUGGCAACUUUCCAAAUUUCUGAACUGUGAGAGUCUAAAAAGAGAAUCAGAAUCAAUGAUUUGUGAAUCUUUCUGCGAAGUAACCAAAACCGAAGAGUUUAUGCAACUAUCGGCCGAGGUCGUCCUCCAUUUAUUACUGAAAGACGAAAUUGUGGUACGCAACGAAGAUGAGGUUUUCAAAGCAGCGAAAAGAUGGUGGCUAUAUAAUCCAGACGAUCGAAAUAUUCAUAAACCGUCAAUAUUCAUGGCUCUACGGGCACCUUACCUGUCUAGUGCCAUUCUCCAAAUGAUAUGUCAAGACGAAGAUAUCAUUGCUGAGAAAGCGUGUGUCAAAAAAAUAUUCGAGGCAAUGUGGUACCACACCCUUGGUCCAAACGGAGGUUAUUCAUGCAACGGUAAACUCCAGGAAAUACUUAAACAACGUGUCAAAAAGUCGAACCUUCAAAUUGCAUUCUUUUCUGGGCACCAGAAUUUCAAACACAAAUUAUUCGAUCCUGUGAAAUUAGUAUGGUCAGAGGCAAAGAUCAAAGAAUUGGAGCGCGUUCGGUUCACGGCAGCCAGUGUGAUGAGCCGUGUAUACAUCCUUGGUGACGUAUCGUCAAGUUCUAGGCCUACUGAUAUAGAUAUGUUGGACUUCACCACCAUGAGUAUGACACCUGGAGUCUUAAAGCUAAGCCCUCCUAGGGACUCAUUAGCUGCAUGCACAUUAGGUGAGACACUGUUUGUUUCUGGAGGAUCCAGAGAUGAAGGUCGCAAAACCAUUCGUAAUUGCGAGUACUACGACUUGAAGACUAAGACCAGAUUAGAAAUUGCUUCGAUGAAUAAAUCUCGACAUCGACAUGGUUUGGUAUCUGUCAACGGCUUCCUGGUUGUAUGUGGUGGGUACAUCUCGACGAGUCACGAACAUGGUCCGUUGCACGAAUGUGAAGUGAUGGUGGCAAACCCAGUCCCAACUGGCAGGUGGCACUUAGUGGCUGGUCUACAUAUUGGUCGGAUAGACUUGGGUCUUGCAGCAGUGAAUGGUAAGGUAUUCGCUGUCGGCGGACAAGAUAGAGAUGGAGGUAUUAUGAACAGCGUCGAAUACCUAGAUGUAUCGAAGUGUUCUACCGUCGAACAGGCGAAAAACUGCGAAUGGAAAUUUGCUACAUCUCUACCCGUUCCUCUAACCAAGGUAAAGUGCACUGUGGUUGGUAAUUCCAUUUUCGUGAUAGGUGGUACUGUAAAGUUUACACCUUACCAGGAAAGACUGUUGCAUGUUCUGGAAUACGAAGAACCGAAUAAUUGUUGGCGACUCCAUAAAUCCACCCCUGCGUGUGGUAGUAACUGGGGAGCUACAGUAACUGUAGAUUUGUGCCUGUAAAUUAGUCCUAUUCAACUUUUAUAACGAAAAAAGCUAUUUUACUCGACGAUUUUUAUAUAAUGUAAUGUGAUCCGACAGUAAGCUUGCAAUAAUGACGCUAGUGUUUAUGUUUGAAUCUAUAGUAUAGUUGUUUUCGUUUAAUAUAUGAUAGUAUUUUUAUUGAAUGAAUAUAUUAUUUAAGACUA